AAUUCUACGUUCUCCGGCCGGCAGUCAGUCUUCAGAGCUUCAAGGGGAGAAUCAUGCUUCAAUUCUUCGGAUGUUUGGUAAUGUUUGCGGGUGCCUAUUUUAUCUGCUACUUCAAUACAAUACAUAUAAGUCAUGGAAUAUUCUGUGGAUCGGAAUGUGAAGAUGUAGAAAAUACACUGCGCGUACAUUUGCCAUCUUAUUUUAUUGUACGAAAGUUUUAUUUACCGUGGAUCUUUGUUUUCGCCACUAUAAUAGCAUUGGUUGCAAUAGUCCUCUUCAUAAAGUACAAUGUGAAAAAAUUGUUCAAAAAUUGUCUUGAGUUGCUUAGCGGUAAUAGAAGGACACAGCAUCUAUUUUUAAACUAUCUAUUCAUUGGAACUGCAAUUUUUUUUUCAUUACUUCAGUAUCAUAAUAAUAUUAUGUUCUAGCUACUCAAAAGCGACGCCUUUGAAGUGACCUUCGAAGGGCAUACAAUUUACUCCGGCCUAAGUACUAAAGAGAUGCCAACAAUUGUCGAAUUGAUUGAAAUCAUAGAAAAAGAAGGCCCGAAAAUACAAUUGUGGAAUUUUUUAAUCAUUGCGCUGGCACCUCUAUUUGUACAAAUUCUAAUCAACCAAUUUCCGAAAGAGCACUAUCCCAGGAUCGAUUUAUCUGUCGAAGCUUUGCAGCAACUCCCACAGAUUAAACGAAAGCAGUGUCGCUUUCGCCGUCGAGUUUCGCCUAUUUUAUACUAAUAUAUUAUUCUAAAUCAGGUUAUUAUAAAAACUAUGUAAAUGUUAAUUUUGUUUUCAAUCAAAUAAAGUCAAAUUUGUAAGAGAAAAUUGCAGCCGGCAGGCCGCCUGUUGCCCGAGCGAUAAAAAUAA